UUUAGCAGAAAAAUGAAGUGUGGCCCUUUGCAGCGGUAAUUGCUAUGGCUUGUCCCGCAAAAUUUCAUCUGCAUUAAAAAUGUUCCACUAUUGUCAGCUGAAAAGGUGGCAGUCCUCAGAACCUUCUUCAUUUUACUGUACAGUUGAAAGGUAUUCUCCUAAACCCCAUCUCCAUGAGCCUGUAAUUAUGUGCGUUUUUUUCCGAAGCAUUUUGUCCCUCUGCGCUGUCCGUCUGUUAAAUAGUACUGUCAAGAUGACGUGUAUUUUUUUUUCCUUAUGGUGACUCUUGGGUUUGAGCAUGACUUGUACAGUUAGAAUUCAAAGCAAAUAGAGUAAUAGCUGGACUUUUCAUUGUAUGACAAUGGCAGCGGACUGGGAAGAAAUCCGACGUCUGGCUGCAGAUUUUCAGAGAGCGCAGUUUGCAGAAACUGCGCAAAGACUGUCAGAACGUAACUGCAUAGAGAUUGUGACAAAACUAAUUGCACAGAAACAGCUGGAUGUUGUGUACACGUUGGAUGGCAAAGAGUACAUCACUCCUGCACAGAUAGGCAGAGAGAUACGGGAUGAACUUUAUGAUCAUGGAGGUCGGAUAAAUGUUGUGGACUUGCAUCAGAUAAUAAAUGUGGAUUUGGUGCAUAUUGAGAGCAAAGCCAAUGAAAUAGCAAAGUCUGACCAAAACAUCCAGCUGGUCUUGGGACAGCUUAUUGAUGAGAAAUACUUGGAUCGACUUGCUGAAGAAGUCAAUGACAAGCUGCAGGAAUCUGGUCAAGUGGCCAUAUCAGAGCUCUGCAAGGCGUUUGACCUCCCUGGUGAUUUUCUGACAGAGGCAUUGUCCCAGAGAUUAGGCAGAAUCAUCCAUGGUCAUCUUGAUCGUUAUGACCGAGGUGUGCUUUUCACAGAAGCAUUUGUUUCUCGACACAAAGCUCGUAUUCGUGGCCUGUUUAGUGCAGUAACCAGGCCGACGGCUAUGAACAGCUUGAUAACAAAGUAUGGGUUCCAGGAACAUCUUUUAUAUUCUGUAAUUGAAGAACUGGUCAACAGUGGACGCUUGAAAGGGACCGUCGUUGGUGGCAGACAAGACAAAGCUGUAUUCAUUCCAGACAUCUAUUCCAAAACACAGAAUAAUUGGGUGGAUUCCUUCUUUAAACAAAAUGGCUUCCUUGAGAUGGAUGCACUGUCACGACUUGGUAUUCCUGAUCCUGUGAGCUAUAUAAAGAAGCGCUACAAGUCAAAGCAAUUGUUACUUUUGAAUUCUGUGUAUGUUGGCCAGGGAAUUGUGGACCAGAUAGAGGCCUCCGUGGAGGAUGCUAUCAGCUCUGGCACAUGGACUGACAUAGAACCUUUGUUGCCAAGCUCAUUCUCAGUUGAAGAUGCAGCAGUUUUGCUCCAACAGGUACUGAGAACCUUAAAUAAGCAGUCUUCUGUUGAGAUAUUCUGUAACACUAUAGUGGUGAGCGAGAAGUUUAUCAACCACUGUGCAUCACUGUUUGAUCAGUUAAUGCAUCGCAAAGCAGAAAAGGAGAUGACAAAUAAUCCUGUUUUCUUGCUAACCGAGGAAGAUCUAAAGCAAGGAUCACUUGUAACAGAAAAUGCAGCUAUGCACAAAAAAGAUAAAAAAGAAGAGAGAAGAAAAAAAGCCUCAGAGGGCGGUGGAUCUCUCCGGUCAGGAGGAGGUAGCAAUGCCAGGGAAAUCAGGACAAGAAAAACAAAGAAAAAAGGAAGAAAAGAAGACGACAGUGAUGAAGAAGCUUCAGCAGCUGCUCAAAGUAAGAACAAGCAACACAACAUCCCUUUCAUGUCACAGGAAGAGAUUGAAGAGGUUUUAACAAAUCAUCUACAGGACUGCCCAGAUACGUUAGUUGCAGAACUUGCAGAACACUUGAUAAGGCCAUUGACUAAGACAUACCAGGAAGUAAUGCGUUCAGUAUUCAUGUCCUCUACAAGUUCUUCUUCCGGAUCAAGUCGGAAGCAGACUGUGAAGGAUCUAAAGGAAGAGGUUUCAAAUAUUUACAACAGUAUCAGACUGUUUGAAAAAGGGCUCAAAUUUUUUGCAGAUGAUACCCAAGUGAACCUUGCCAGACAUCUGCUCAGGACAGUCUGCACAGAUGCUACCAAUCUUAUUUUUAACUUCUUGGCUGCUGAUUUAAUGUUGGCUGUGGAAGAUCAUAGUACCAUCACUAACGAGGUUAGGAAUAAAAUUUUAUCCAUGCUGCCAGAAGAAACAAAAUCGCCUUUAACAAAGCUUAACAGUUCUUUAAAUGGGAAGAGCAUAGAAGAUUUCAUUUCAGUUCUAGACACAGUCUCAGAAUUCUGUGGCAUUCUGUUGAAAAAAGGAGACAAGAAGAAAGAAAGACAGGUGAUGUACCAGCACCGUCAAGCACUGAUGGAUCAGUUGAAGCUCACAGAAGAUCCAGCUUUAGUUUUGCAUUUGACUUCUGUGCUCCUGUUUCAGUUGUCAACACACUGCAUGCUGAAUGCACCUGGAAGAUGUGUACCACAGAUUAUCGGUUUCCUGAGCACAAAAAUUCCACAGGAUCAGUACAGUUUGUUAAUAAAAUAUCAGGGACUAGUCGUAAAGAAGCUUGUGGGAGAGAAUAAGAGGUCUGGCCAAGAAGAUGAAAGCACAGAUAACAAGCAAACUGAAGAUGCUGAAGCAGAAGUUGCCCGAAAAGAGAUGCUAGAGUUAACACCUGCUGUUAAAGACUUGGUCUUCCGCUCCAGGAAAACCUCCUUAACGGAAGAGUGAUCAUGUACUUUAAAGUCAGCCAUUUGACAUGGCCAUAUUUCAUGAAAAUAAAAAGUAUAAUUUUUUAAUGUUCA